AUGGCGAGCUGCAAAGGGAGCUUUGUGUCGAUUCUGAACAAUGAUGAUAAUCCAUCAUUCGCCGUUCGAUCGGCUCCUAGGAUAACGAGACAUCAGUCUUCUCCAACAUAUCCCCAUGAACAACCCCGUCACGCUGUAGGCCUAGACUAUCGCUAUGGGCCUGCCUAUUCCGAGUCUCCCGCAGUAUCCCCGAGGGUAACGAGGCAACCUUUCAAUCCUGUGUCCGAAGCGACCCAGCCUACAUCUCCCGGGUCCUCGGAUUGCUCCUAUGAUUACACAACGAGUGCCAGUGCCGGAUCAUACUUCCAACACGGCCGUCAAGAAUACCCCGGCUAUUCCUCAUCAGCGAUGCCGGCGCCGGAGAAGCGGCUCAGCGCUAAUUCUAUGGUUGAUCCUCCGUCUCCGCCGACGUCGAUCGGUGGAUCCAAAGAUACGACAGCCGCCCGAGGAACGCGGAAGAAUAAGUAUCCUUGCCCUUUCGCUGCGAGCCACGGCUGCUCCGCUACCUUCACGACGUCGGGUCACGCGGCUCGUCAUGGCAAAAAGCAUACGGGGGAGAAAAGCGUGCACUGUCCGAUCUGCAACAAGGCUUUCACGCGGAAAGACAACAUGAAGCAACACAUUCGGACACACCGGACGCAUUCAGAGGAUAUGCCCAUGGGCAUGGUCGAACGGGAAAGCGAAGGGAGCAGCGGGUGGAGAAGUAGGAGGACCAGUCCUACCUACAGCCACCAGCGAUCGGUGAGCCAGUCCCAGAUGGACGGCAACGCUUAUGAGAGCAUGACGACUAUGAAUUCAAUGACCUCAAGUGGCACCCACCGUUCACAGCCUUAUUGA